ACUUUAUAUGAUAAUAUUAUAUAUUCGCAGAUGCCCAUAAAUAUCUUGUUCUUUCGUACAUAGCAUCUUUUAUAGAGCAGUUCGAAACGGAAUUCAGGACUUCGAUAUAAUGGAGGGCAAAUUGCAAUGUUGGGUUUUUCUGCUAAUUGUGGCCAGCUUUUCACUCAUUCCUGCAACAUAUGCAAAUGUGAAGACUCAAUAUUGUGGUUCUGAGGAAGACUAUCUGGUAAAGGUUGAUUCUGUGGAUAUCGAUCCAAAUCCAGUUGUCAGAGGAGAAACUGCAACCUUUAGUAUUAACGCAAUUUCUGAAGAUAGCAUUUCUGGUGGAAAAUUGACUAUCGAGGUAUUUUUCUUCGGACUACGUAUUCAUACAGAAGAUCAUGAUCUUUGUACCAAGACAGCAUGCCCUGUAAAGGAAGGGAGUUUCGUUAUUACACACGCGCAGAGUUUGCCAGGAUUUACACCACCUGGUUCCUAUAGGCUCAGGGUAAAAUUGACAGAUGUUGAUAACAAGCUGUUGACGUGUGUUUAUGUCCAAUUCAGCAUUGUUCGUAAUAGCAUCGUUUCUGCCAUCGAAGAUACAGCAACUUCAGGAGUGCUGUAAAGAACUUGGUUGCUGAUUCUUAGUCUUGAUUUGAAAUUUCAGAUUAUGUCGAAUCUUUAUAAAUUUUAGCUAGUCAUUUGUUUGACUUGGAUCGCUGUAUUUUAGUCAAGAUGUACAUAGGCUAGGAAGAGUUUUCCAUUACGUCUGUUCCUUUUAGCAUGAUAUCAUACUUUCAACCAUAAUGUUUUUAGGAAUUUGUGGACAACUGUUUUUUUUUAUAGAUAAUUUGUGGACAACUGUUGGUGUUUAUAAAUAUGUGGUAUAACUUAUUAAUUGAAAAAAAUGUGAGAAGUUUUUGUUGA